CCCCAUUAAGGUAGCAAGUGCGCAUACCCAACUACUUUAUCCAUACACAUGGCACGACGAAGAAAACCGCCGCGCGCUGGCGCCAUUUCCGAGUUACCACCCUUAAAGAUCCUCAGCCAGAUUAUAAUCCUUCAAGUGCUCUGGUAUGUUAUCGGGACGGCGCUGAUACUCUUCACCGCACUGGUUGCUGGAAGAGCCUUUUCCUUCGAUAUGGUACUGAGUUGGAGGAGCUUAAGGGGUGAUACAACCGUUGGCUGGAUGUUAGGAUUUGUUUGGAUGUUGAAUAGUUUUAUAGGAGUUAUCUCCCUCCUCCUUCUUGUUUCGCGCUCCAAGCUUAUUCCUGAUUUCGCCAUAACCAUCCAUUUCCUGCAUCUCCUAAUCACGUCCUUCUAUUCGCACUCCGUCCCCCGCAAUUGGCUUUGGUGGGCUUUACAAUUCGCAUCUGCGUCUCUCAUGACAUUUUUAGGCAUAUGGAGUUGUCAAUGGCGAGAACUGCGCCCUAUAAAUUUUGGUACGAAUUCAAAUACUACUCAAAACAACACAAAUACUGUUACAGAUAGUACUGGUAUGGAGAGAGAUAUUAGUGCCGGCAUGGAAGGAGAAGAUGACGUUACAAAGGAUAUAGAGCAAGGAUAUGGAAGAGGGAGAGGGAGGGGUAGAGGAAGAGAUGGGGCUGGAGAUUAUGAGAUGGUUGGUAUGGGAGCAAAGGCAGAUGAGAAUAUCAACCCUGGUUGA